CCAGGAAACGAUGAUGGUGAAAGAUUGAUGCCAGUCGUAACUAUGGAUGACACUUCACUUCACCAUCGAUGGAUGCUGUCCAGUAAAUAUUUAAAUAUUUUUUCGCCAACUCCAAGCACCAGUACUCAACAGUACUGUUUGGCGGCCUUGAACGGUUCCUAAUCUCUGUGCACAUAUUAUAUAAUGAAACUGUCUGCGUAACAGUACUUUAUAGAAUCACUUCACUGGCAUUUUAAAAAAAAUAUUUUAGCAAUGGCAAACCUAAUUUACACAGGGUUCAAAUCACCCUAGCCAGUCACGAAUUUAAUUAAUUUAUAACUUUUUUUUUACAAAUUGAUAUUGGAGACAAAAAUUCCUUAACACCGCUCUGGUGACAAGCAGCUGAUCGUACAAAAUGGAAAGUAAACAAUGGCAAUUAACUUCAAGAAAUUCUGUGUAACUGUGUAAAAACAAGAUUACAUUUGGAGUACAAAUACCAAUACAAAUACAAAAUUCAUUAUUUUUUUUACUAUUAGUACUUAGUAUUAUUUACUAUUCUAUGGCUCACUAUGCAAAGAAAGUGUAGAAGUGUAAAUAAAGUUAAAGUUAAAGCCGCACAGUUUAAUUUAUAAGUAGUAGGCUUGGAUUUAAUAAUUAGGCCUACCUAAAUUACAUUCAUACAAAUUAAAACCGACUAUGUUACUAUGUAGGGAAAUUAAUUUUUUUAAAGUAUUCGAAUUGAAUGUUGAAGAAACUUCAAAUUCAAUGUUUUAUUUUUUAUUAAUAAUUAAUUUUGAUAAAAAAAUGCAAAUUAAAUGUGUUGCAGUUUCAGUUGCAUAUGACUGGUGUGGCUACUUACUUUCACAACCAGCCCUCACCCUACUUAAAAUGUUUUAUAGUAAUAGUUUAAUAAUAGUACUGAGUGAAAAAAAAAAAGCUGUCAUGAGCAUCAUGCAUGAUGGUUCAACUCCGGUAAAAAGGUUGAAUAUUUUUGAAGGCGACAGUUAUAUUUAUCAAUAAAAAGCCAUGGGUAAGGUGUAAGACUAUUGUUUAAAGGCCAGCAAAUAUUAUAGAAAAUGAGAAUGAGAAGUUAAAUUUUUUUUUUUGGCUACUCCUAGUUACGAUUGCCACGAUUUAUUUUCCAGGGUGUGACGUCCCUUUGUUUAUUUUUACUAAUUUAUUUUAGGUAUCGAUUUAGGGUUCAGGUUAGGCAUAGGGAUCGAUUUAGGGUUCAGGUUAGGCAUAGGGAUCGAUUUAGGGUUUCAGGUUAGGCAUAGGCAUAGAUGACUUCACGGGAUGUGUUAACCAAGAUGGCGGCCAUUGAGAAAAUAGUGGCAAUCGUAGUCAAAAUUUACCUCUUUUUUUUUUUGAAAAACUUGGACACGGUGUAAAAAACUAACCCCAGUUAAGCCCUACUACAUUAUAACAUUGUUGGAAAAAAAUAAUAAAGAAUAAAGCCUAAAUUAAUAUUAAUAACUUUAUAAUUUUAUACGAGGCAUACUGGCUACUCAUUUAAAAUUCAAAAAUUAUAUUAUAAUUAUUAUAACAAUAAGAGGCUAGGCUUAUAUCACUCAGGCCUCAUAGUUUCCCAAACAUUAUAGUUCCAGAGUGCACACAUUUUUGGGGGGUCAAACUUUGCUGCACUUUGCACAACACUAAAAGUUUACUUACAGAGACAUGAAAAAAUUAGAUAAUAUAUUGACUGUAAGCCUAAUUAUAUUUACAGUAUACUCCUAUAUUGCCCAAUAAUGGGCAUCAUCAUAGUGCUGCAAAGUGACAUAGAAUGACAGAUUAAAACAAAGCAGUGCAUGUCAAUAAAGUUUUCAUAAUUUUUUUUCAACAGUUGUAACCUCAGACUCAUACUUAUCAAAAUGUAUUAUUUUGUUUAAUUGACUGAAAUUCUGAGAAAUAAUGUUCAAACAAUCAAGAUACUCAAAGCUAGAUGUACCACAAAAAAGAGCAAAUUACUUCUACUGUGUCCGGGUAACAAAUCCAGAGAUCCAUGACUCUAUAUUAACCGCCUUGGAAUGGAUUGUUGACAAGGAAGCUCAGUAUGAAGACUUCUGCUACUCAAAAGAGAUACUGCAGGUUACACUUUGUGAAGUGAGUCUUUAUAUUAAAAAUGUGCUAGCUUAAUAAAAUACUUAAGUACUGUUAAAGUUAAGGAAUAUGCCAACAAAUGAUAGGCAUGGGGAUAAGUAGUGAAGAAAAAAAACUAAGGAUUUUUUUAGAAAUUGGAUCAUUCAUCUCAAAAGGGGAAAAAUGAUUCUUCUCAUAAAGGGAAAAAAUGGAAUAAUUUAUUAAAUGAAAAAAACAAAUAAAGCAAGGAAAUACUUUUAUAAAUUACAGCACUAAAAAAAUUAUGUUCAAUCACAAUCAUUAAGUCUUGUAAUUUUAAACAACACUAUAGUACUAGUAUUUGUAGAGUACCCUUCAACUUGAUCAUAAUAUAUCAAUAAUAUCAUGUGCUUGAUGUUAGCAAUGGUUAAUUCUUGAUUACUUUGCUAAUGACUCACAGAAAUGAUUUUGACGUUGUCAUUGUUGAGUAUUUUUACAAAAUUAACUUUAUUUUAAAUAUUUUUGUCUAAACAGGGGAAACAAGGUAAACUUAUCUUGUCUUGCUCUCAGAAAUUUAAUAUAUUGAAAAGAAAGUUUGAACUUGGUGUUCAAUAUUUUAAUUUUUAAAAGAUGCACAGUUUUUUUUUUGUAUAAAUGAUGCAUUUUUUUCCAUUUAUGUAAUCGUACUUGAUUUAUCAUUUACCCGGUUAUAUAAAUGGGUAAACUUCUGGUGAAAACACGAUUCAUAUCUCCUUCAUUUUUCCUGUCAAAAAUACAUUUUAUUGUUUUUCCAUCAAAACUUAUGGAUUUACCCCAAAACUUUUUUCUGCAGUAUUGUGAAAUUUAUCCAUGGCUACAGUUCUUAAAAUAUAUUUGCAUCAUAUUAUUAUCUUCCCUAUGAAAAACAAGAAAAACUGAAUUUUGGGGGUUUGUGCUGAAAAUUUGAUAGAAUUUGUUGUCAUCGGCAAUGGAACUUUGUGCAAAGUUUUAGCUCAAUGGGCAUAUAUUAUGGAGAAUGGGUUGAUUAGGAUUUUGCCACAAAGAAACACACAAACAAAAACAUAGUUAAAAUAAUGGAUUUAAUUCCCUUUGAAAAACAGGAAAAACUGAGCGUGGGAGAUGGGGCUGAAAAUUUGAUAGAAUGUGUUGUAUAAGUCAAGUUUCAGUUCAAUAGAGGAUGAUAGGAAGUGGCUUAAUUAGCCUUGCCACAAGGAAACACAUGAACAAAAACGAAGUUCAAAUAAAAGAUUUUAAAAUUUGGUCCAUGCUAAAUUGGGGGCAAAAGUGGGAAUAAGCCCUGUUCCUAUAUCAAGGGGCAUCACAAACAACAUUAUUCAUGCACACUAUAUAUUUAAGGUAAAUUUAUGUAUAAAUGUAUACAUAUAUAAAUUUUGUGAAAGGGAUAAGACAUGUGAUUAUUGUGAGAUUUUCAUUAAAAAAUAUUCUUACAUUAUACUCAGGUGUGUCUAGAAACAGAAGAUGAUAUUACAAAAGCAAGAAUGGCUCUUCUUGGUGUGUCAGACCUGCUUGGACAAAAUCUUCCAAAAGCUAAACUCCAGAUAAAGGGCUUAACUACUUUGAAUGACAAAGUUUUAGUUGCAGAUGUGCAAUAUGGUGAGGACUUUAGGUACGGGUUCUCUAUCAAAUAAUAUAAAACUAAAAACCCAAUAGAGUGACAUGGAUUUUUUAUUCAUCGUUAAAAAUUAAAAUGCAACAAAUUACUGGAAGUUUAUCAUUCAUUCAAUGAAUUAAUAUAAAGUUGGAAAGUGGAAUGCAAAUAAUGAAGAAUAAAUUAUGAUUUUGGCAGGAAAAAUAACUCUAAAAUAUUAACUUAGAAUUAUAUCAUUAUAGUCUAUAUUGCUGAAAAUUUCAUUGCAUUAGGCUCAUUAGCAUUAUUAGUUUAAAAGUUAUCUAUCUUAAUGUAAAAAGGUCUCGGCCGCUGUCACUUUCAUGAAAUAUUUUUUCUAAUGCCUACUUUUUUCUGAUCUGCAUUACAUUUAUUUUAAAUUUACCCUACUUUUAGAUGGACAUUAUCUGUUUGUAUUGAACAUUUUAUAGCAAUAGCUUUAAUGGUUUAGUAAUUAUGUCAUUUUUUUUAACAAAUAAAUUUUUCGACAAUUGUUGUUAUCCACGCCAUAUGCUCAUAAAGUCAUAUUUAAUUAGAUAUAAUAAGUUAAUUCACAAUUUAUUCUGUUAAACAUUGUAUUUUAAAUGUCUCCUCCAAAUUUGAGAGCUUUAACUUUAAUAGUCAAAAAGAUACAAGCAAAAUAGUACAAAAAGAGUAAUAAUGCCAUCACAGUUUUAAAAAUUAAAUACAAAGCUGAAUAGUGGGGAAAAAUAAAUCAUUAAAAAAUUCAUAACUUUUCUCCUUUAAGUGAUAGAAAGAUUAUCUUGGUGUCAUUGGAAAGCUUAAAGCCAGCUCUUUCUUUCCUAUGAUAUGGUCUAUGUCUCUGUCAGAUGCAUUUGAAAAUUUGAGUUGGAGUACCUAAUAUUGUUUAUAAUACUACUUAUUUUAGAAGCAGAUCAAUUUUAAGUUUACAUCAGUAAAGAUCACCUUGUUAUAUUUAAAAAGAGUAAAAUGGAUUAGUUAUUUAUAUUUAAUAUACUAAACUAUUAAUACUAUGUUGAUCAAAUUCAUUUUUUUUAACAGACACUUUGCUGAUUUACUGACAUCAAAAAUAAAAGACGCUGGUGUCAAUGUUAUUCAGGAUAAUGACUAUAGAGCUCAUAUGACAGUUAUGAGAGUAUGUUGAUUUCUUUUGAGCGAUAAACUGUUAUUAAACCAGCUCUGUACAGAAUAUUUGUGUAUACUGGUACCGGUAUCAAUAAAUAUUGCCUUAACCCUUAUCUAUUUAUACAUUUCUCUUUUAUUGGAUAAAAACAUAAUGAGACUAAUGACUAUUCUUUCAGGUUACUAGUUCAAAAGCAAGGAAAGCAAAAGUUGAAAAAAUUAAUCCAUGGAUUUAUGUGAACCUCAAAAAGACACAUUUUGGUGAUCAGAUGGUGAAUUCAGUUCAUCUCUGUAAAAUGGGAUCUGAAAGGCGGGAUUAUGAUGGCUUUUAUGAAACACCUGCAGAAAUCAUCUUUAGAACUGAAGAGUAACAAGCUUACAAAAAAUUCACUGGUGAGCACCUUGUGGACAGAUGUGACAAGUGGGCACAUGCUACUGACCAGUUAGAGUUAAGGAGAGAUCGUAGGAAAACUUAAUAUUUUCGGGGAAUGAUGAAAACUCAAGUUUCAUUUGAUUCAGACAAAGUCCAAGAAGUCAUGCAUUUUAAGCAAGAUUAUGCGUUUAAAAAAUGCAUCCCACUUCUUUUUUUUAAAAAAAAAGCCAAGAAAGAAUGCAACGAUUACCUGUAAUGAACACACAGAACAGAAUGAAUGAGAAUAGGCUUAAAUCUGUUAAAGAUAAUGUGAUAUAUUACAAACCACUCCUAGUUAAUAGAAUAGCAUGUUGCAAAAUUUAAAAUUUGAAAUUCAUCAAGGUCAGUCAACUGAACACUAUUAUUCAGGCAGGCUUUUCCUGUUGUAAUUAUAUUAAUGAAGACAUUUAUAGGUUUUUUUUUAGGCAUUUAUCUUUAAUUGUGGCAAGAGAAAUCAAAAACUAAUUACAGUAUGUAAGAGAGUUCAGGAUGUUAGAGAUUGAUUUGAAGGGAAAAAUUGAUACAUGAAUUGAGUUGAUUUUACUCUUGUAAUAUUAUUUAAUGUGCUAAUUCUUAUUGCCAUGAGCAUUGUUAUCAAGGUUGAGUUAGUCAAAUUUUAGUUCUUUAAUUUUUAAAAAAUAUUUUUUGCUGGCAUCGGUCCGUCACAAUGGGACGAUGGAGUGAGCUUCGGAGGACGAAAUCCACAUGGCCUGGGAUUAUACUUCAAGGAUUAUAAGCUGGUUCCCAACAGCAAAUCGCCUCUCUCCACGCUGCUGGGUAACCCAAGAGAACAUCAUUGGAUGAUACAGCUUGGCACCAGUGACGUCGCAGGAGUUGUCGGAUUUGCUCAGUUUAGACCACUCGGCCACCCAGCACCCAUUUUUAAAUAUAAGACAAAUGAUACAUUUGUAAAAAAAAAAAAAAUGGGGGGGAUAAUAAAUCUACAUUGACAGUGGUGUAGCUAGGGUUAUUGCUGCCCAAGGUAGGCCAAGAUUUUUGCCACCCCCUUCAACAAAAAAAAAUUCUGCAGUUCAUCAGAAAUGCCAUUCCUCCAUAAAAAGCAAAAAUGGCUGCGCAGGAUGGAACGCUCCUUCAGCACCCCCCCCCCCUUUUUAUUUUCAUACACCACUGACUAUCAGAUAAUGAAUGUUCAAAUAAAUUUUUACCACUUUAUAUUUUAAUUUUAUAGAAGUUUAUUACUUUUCAAUGAUAGGCAUAGAUUGAUUUUGACUUUACUUUGGUAUUGGAUGUUUGUAAAGAUAAUGCACAUAUUUUUAACCAAAUAUUUUUUCUAUCCUUGGUAAAAGUUUGAUAUUGGAGAUUAAUAGUAACUAUUACUAGGUCAAAACAAUCACUUACUGUACAGAGUAUACCAGAGUAUUCAACAGCUUGCCCUAUUUUACUAUAUGACAGUGAGUGGAAUAAAAUCAAUUUAAAUUGAGAGUUUGCAAUUGGUAAAUGUCAGUUUGUUUUCCCUAUCAUCAGUGUUUUUAUGCUUUGACUUACUUUAUGCAAGUGUGUUUUUUUAUCUUUGUGAGGGAGGAAGACCCUAAAGCUCCAAAUUCAAACCCAGAGAUGGAGUCCCGUUGCAGUAUGACAAAGACACAAUAAAAAUAUCUGGCAGCUGCUGUGAUGCUUCUGGUGUCAGGCUGUAUCAUUUACUCAUGAUGGUACCUUGACCUUGGGUUAUCCAAAUGUGUGGAGGAGGGUUUUUCAGGGGNAAAACCAAAACUUGAUCAGCUUGUUCAGUUGUUUAUUACUGGAGGCACCACAGGAUAUAGCAAUUUAAAUAAAACCUGCAAAUUCAGGGUAGUUGGGGGUGGGGGGGGAUAAUGCCCUACCCAAAUGACGUCUCUGAUGAUUUGCUGUGUAGGGAACUAGCCUAUCUUAAAGAAAAAUCCCAAUUCUUGUGACGGACGGAUAUCAGCUUAAAAAAAAAAAAAGGACAGUCACUACCAAGGAAGGGAGGUGGCCAGCUCCCUUUUUUAAAAAAUAGUCAUUAUUAAAUAUAAUGGGCAUGGCAUGGGCCCCGGGCAUGGGACAUUUAUAAAUUAUAUCGAUUUUUGAAAUGGAAUGAGGGAAAUGCCAUGAGGGUUAUCAGGUAGAAAGUAAAAGAAACGGAGUGUGGGAAAACCUUAAAGACGACGAAACGUUGCUUUGUUUUGUCUUUCUUCAGGCUUUUCCUUCCCUGGCCCAGUGUUUAUUACCUCUAAAAUUCCAGCAAAGAAAUGUUCGAUAACGCUUUUUUUGAAGACCUUGGAACUAAGGAGAUUUAAUUCCCUUAGGGAAAGUACCUAAAUCUAUUUAUAGAAAGCUAGUCAUUAUAUUGCACAACUUCCGGGAAAUCAUUAUCAGUUUACUUUGACUACGUCAUGCGUCGAUUAAUCUUAACAUGGGCUCAAUACAUUUUCUGUUAAAUACGCUACCGGUUCAUGCACCAGGCAUUAACCGUCUUAACUUACAAGUCUGAACUUAGAUAUCUCUGCACGCAGCACGCAGGUAAGAAAUUAAAUUUAAUUAAUUCUUACUGGUUAGUUACGAGCCAGGCCUAGCUAGGAUAGCUAGGCUAAAAUUUAUUAUGAUUCCAUAUUCAUAUAAUUUAUAAAUAUAAUAUUAAUUAAUAUAGUCGAUAGUAUUAUGAUAUAGUUAAAAUAUAGUAAUAGUAAAAUAUUUUAUUUUGUUAAAAAUUAUAUAGUAUAGAGUAUUGGCUAAAUAUUUUUUUAUAUCAAUAAUUAGGCCUCCGCAAUAAUGUCAGUUAAGUAAGAGAUGAAUGACUAUGAAUCAUGAACAAUGAAUAUGAAAUGAUCCCUAAUCAUAAUCAAUCACUGCCUAACUUCAUGACGCUAAUUACUAAUUAUUGUAAUUAUUAAAAUUACUUAUACUUAUAUUAAAAUUUAAGUUUAGUGACUUUAAACAUUAGUAAGUCAAUUUUUUUAUCACUUUAAUUUUAAUUACUGUAUAUACUAGUCAAUAAUUGGCAUGAAACAGAGCCUCUGAUUGGUUUAAGUUAAACUUAAUGCUCCUUAAGUUUUUAAAAAUAAUUUUAUAAAGUGUUUUGGACAGCAUGUGUGAGUGGUGAUGCCUAAAUGCCCCAUGGUGCUAAAUGUCCUCUUUACCCUUACAUGUUGAUAUUCAUCAUAAAUUGUGUUAUAGUAGUAGCAAAUGGUUGUUGCCAGUAGGCUAUGUGUUUUUUUAUAAUGUAGGUCUGUUAUCAAACUUAUUAAAAGAAACGAAGUGUCUACACGUCCGGCCAGACACUGCCAAAAAGAAAUAGUUAAAACUAAUAAAACUACCUUUACUAUGCCCUGCUGAUAUCUAAACUGCUAACAAUGAACAAUCAUUGAUGUAACAGAUUUUAUCUUAUAGUUAUAGGGCUUACAACUCGGCUAUGUAAUAUCCUUUUUUUUUUCUUCUUUUUUAUCAGUGUUAACAGCAUGGCGGCAACCAUUUCUCCCUCUACAACCAGCUCAGCAAACUCUGGGAGCAAUGACACCACCAACCAAGCCAGAGAAGUUGCAUCCAUCAAAGCAGCUUUUCCAAACAGAUGCAGAGUAAUAUGUGACAUUGGCAACUACACCAACGUAGUCACUGUGCAGCCAGAAAACUUGGAUGUUACAAUAAAAUUUCAAUUAACAUGUAAGACUCUUUUUUUUUUUAUCCUUCAUAAGGUAAUAUUUUGUCUUAAGCAAAUGAUGAGUCAGAGUAUAAUAUUUCUAACAUUAUAUACCAUAACUAUGCUUAUAGCAGAGAAACAAGGCUUUAACAUUUUUAUUUUAAGGAAAGGGGUAUGUUGAGUCAUGUAAUUUUCUUCCCCUGUUAUUCUUAAGUAAUUAUCAGCUAUAUCUAUUUCAAUGGUCUAUAUUUCACAAACAGAAAACUCUGAAUACCAACUUCCUUUCCCCUGCAGUAGAGAAAAUAGGACCAUAUUUAUUAAAAAUUAAUUUCUAACUGUUAACAUAAAAAAUAUACGAUGUAAAACAUUUCAAUAAUCACAAUAAAUUAGAAAAUAUUUAAAAAAUUUUAAAGAAUUUUAAUUGAUACAAUUUUUCAUACUUUUUCAAUGAAAACAAGAAAAUAUGAGUUAUAUUAUUAUUAUUAUUAUAUUAUAAUUCAAAUUUAUUAUUUUUUUAAAGCUGCAUAUCCAAGUGUAAUUCCUGAGAUAUCCAUUCGCUCAGAAUCAUUGUCACCGGAAAGUAUACUAGAUGUCCAACAGAAGCUGAGAUCCCAUGCCAGAAAGCUGAUUGGUCAGCUCAUGAUUCAGACGCUCAUUCAAGAGGCUGAAGUUGAACUGCGUGCCGUGGGUCUCAAGCCAGGAAAAGCAGCCGUAGCAGCCAGUGGUAAAACACAGCCAAAGAAAAGGAAACAAAAGAAGAAGAGGAAGUCGGAGGAGGAGGAGGAUGAAAACAAGAAGCUCCCAUCAAUGAAAACUGCAGACGAUGUCGUCAAGAGAAUUAUCUGGGAUGAUAAUUUAGAAAAGGAUGAUUUUAUUGUUGGAUACGUGGACAGAUUUAAAGGACUUGUGGAGAAAAGCUUCUCAGAUUUCACCUGGGAAGACCUAGCCUCUUUAGACAAUGAUGUUCUUGCCGUGCCCAAACAUAGGAUCCAGUACUUUAAAUAUAAAACUGUCAAAGUCUGGGACAAAACUAGAAGAAUUGACAACGUCUUUGGUUCGGCCGAAGGAACAAAAACGAUUGAUGUUGUUAUGAAAGAAUUUGAAGAGAUGGGUGGCCUUCAACCAGCAGGUGGGGCUGUUGCUGACCGGACAAAUAGUAAUUCUGAAACUGAUGCUGAUAGUUCCGAUGACAGUGAUGAUGAUGAUGGUAUAAUGGUUACUAUAGGACCGUCAGCCAGCAUUGGCACCGAUGCAAAAAACAGAGCCCAGCAAAAACAGAAUGAGGACGACAAAAUCGAUAGAGACAACGAGGAGAGAAACGGGUUCAACCCAUACUGGCGUGACAAGCUGCGACCAAACUACUUCCUGUGCGUCAGAAUCAGCAACGAUGAUAUCAUGGAUAAAAUAUGCAACAUACAGGACAGGCUGAUGGAGGCCGAGCCACUGUUCAGCGAGUGCUGCAUCCCCGGGGUUGCACUUCAUGUUACGCUGAACACCCUGGGUCUCGACACCCCAGAGCAUCUGAUUCAGUGUGUUGAAGCACUGAAGAAAAUGAAACCAGAAUUGGAGUCAGCCUUGCCAAAGUCUGUGUUGAAACUUCAGGGUGUUUCUAACUUUUACAAUCGUGUUGUCUAUGCCCAGGUACAAUACCAAAAAGAUUUUCUCGACUUUUGCAAUUUAUUGAAAACUCUCCUGAGCGAAGCUGGCGUCCAGAUCAGGGAUGGGUACGAGUUUGUACCUCAUGUGACCAUCAUGAAGACAACGAGGCCUGUCUCCAGAUUGCGGGGCACGAAAAAUGUCAACCCUCAGCUGUAUUCGAAAUAUGUCAACACAGAGUUCGGAGAGCAGAAGAUAGAUAGCAUUUAUUUGUGUUCUAUGGGGGAUGACAGGAGAGAAGAUGGUUUUUAUAAGACCCCUUUGGAGUUACAUUUCAAUGCAUAAGACUUAGUGUGAGAAUGUGUGAAGGAAGAUUUUUUUGUAUUGCCAGAAAAAAAAAUAGUGAUUUUUUUUUUAAAAUUCCAAAAAGCUUUUUAAUGGCUUCUAGUUCAUAACUUUAAAUAAUGUAAAUAUUUAUUUUGUAGUGCAAUUUGUCAUUUGAUCACUUGUGAUAAAUAUAAAACUAUUAAAAUUCUGUUUACCUAAUUUCUGUGAUGGGUAGAUAAUAAUAACGUUUUAAGAGUGUUUAAUCAUUUUAAAUUGAGAAAAUGGUAGAUGCAGAUUUAAACUGUACAUUUAUUCUGGUUUCUUUUUUUAUUUGCUUUUGCGUGAAUUUUAAGGAAAAUUGUUCAAUGUUGGAUCUGUGAAAUCUUACAAGUUUUACCAAUGACACAUUUGACUACAGACUUAACCUGUUCAGUUUUGAAGUAUUUGUAUCCCCAAAAGUUAGAAUUUAAAAAAAAAAUAUUUUUUGUGAUGCUGAGAAUUUAUUGUAAACUAUCUGUUUUGAUUAACUAGCACUUAUUCAGGCCUUUUUUUAUGCCGUUGAAUACUCCACUCUUAUAAGUAGGACUUAAAUGGAUUGGCAUUAAUAAAUGAUAAAGUGUAAAAUAUUAUUUAAAAAGUGAUACAUUCCAAAAUAUCAGAGUAUUGAUAUAAAUGCCAUAAAUUGAUUUUGAUUUAAGUUUCAAAAAUAUAAAACUAAAUAUUUUUAUGCCCUGGUGAAAUCCCAAAAGUUUAGCCUGCUUACACCCACAUACAUCAUUUGUGCAAUGCUAUAGAUAAACCCCAAAGUGCCUUCUUGGAUGGUCAUCCCUUUCGCACCGCCCCUCUCUCCCACAGUAUGCACUGGUUGCUGCAACUCUUCAUGGAAAAUGAUUUUUUGUAAUAUCUGGACCAAUAGAAUAUAUCUAAUUUGAAAGUACAAGAUAUAAUCAGGUCAGUGGUGCAGCCAGGAAUAGUGCCCCCCCUUAGUAAAAAAAAAACCACUACAGUUGGCCAAAAAUUCCACCCCUCCAUCUAAAGAAAAAAGUUCCACCCAGGGCGGAAUGCACCCUCCUUCCUUUACCACUGGAUAAAAAAAUCUAUAAGAAUAAUUAUUACAAAUUUGUAUAAAUUACACAUUUUUAUUUCUUGUACUUUAUACUUCCCCAGCGUUUGCUAUUUAUAUGAUCGUUUACUAUUUUCUGAUUUUUCUAUGCUGCAAUUGCAGUGUGUUUGAUUGCGGCAUUGUGUUCAUGAAACAUGACCAAUAAAUUAAAUUGAUUAUUUUG